AUGGCCGCCUUGCGUGUCCUCCUGGCCCUCGCCCGCAGCCCGAUGAAGCUCCAGGCCAGCUCCUCGACGCUGCGCUCCUUCGCCUCGGGUGCCAACUUCCAGUACAUCAUCGCAGAGAAGAAGGGGAAGAGUAGCAACGUGGGGCUGAUCCGACUGAACCGCCCCAAGAUGCUCAAUGCGCUGUGCAAUGGCCUCGUGAUGGAGCUGAACCAGGCACUGGAGGCCUUCGAGGGGGACCCGGCCGUGGGGGCUGUUGUCCUUACCGGCGGGGAGAAGGCCUUUGCAGCGGGAGCAGACAUCAAAGAGAUGCAGAACCAGACGUUCCAGGACUGCUACUCUGGCAAGUUCUUGAGCCACUGGGACAGACUCGCCCAAGCCAGGAAGCCAGUGAUUGCUGCAGUCAAUGGCUAUGCUCUGGGCGGGGGCUGUGAGCUGGCCAUGAUGUGUGACAUCAUCUACGCAGGGGAGAAGGCCCAGUUUGGACAGCCUGAGAUCCUCUUAGGAACCAUCCCAGGUGCAGGGGGCACGCAGAGACUCACGAGGGCCAUCGGCAAAUCGCUGGCUAUGGAAAUGAUCCUUACUGGGGACCGGAUCUCAGCCCAGGAGGCCAAGCAGGCAGGUCUUGUAAGUAAGGUUUUUCCUGUUGAGACCCUGCUUGAAGAAGCCAUUGCCUGUGCAGAAAAGAUUGCCAACAAUUCCAAAAUUGUCGUAGCGAUGGCCAAAGAGUCCGUGAAUGCAGCUUUUGAAAUGACAUUAACAGAAGGAAAUAAGCUGGAGAAGAAACUCUUUUAUUCCACCUUUGCUACUAAUGACCGGAAAGAGGGGAUGACUGCGUUCGUGGAAAAGAGAAAGGCCAAUUUCAAGGAUCAAUGA